CCAUGGGGCAGCCGUGGGCCGCGGGGAGCGCCGAGGGGUCGCAGGCGCGGCUGCCACUCGUGCUCACCGCGCUGUGGGCUGCGGCCGUGGGCCUGGAGCUGGCCUACGUGCUGGUGUUGGGGCCCGGGCCGCCCCCGCUGGGGCCCCUGGCUCGGGCCUUGCAGCUGGCCUUGGCCGCCUUCCAGCUGCUCAACCUGCUGGGCAACGUGGGGCUGUUCCUGCGCUCGGACCCCAGCAUCCGCGGCGUGAUGCUGGCCGGCCGCAGCCUGGGCCAGGGCUGGGCGUACUGUUACCAGUGCCAGAGCCAGGUGCCACCACGCAGUGGGCACUGCUCGGCCUGCCGGGUGUGCGUGCUGCGGCGGGACCACCAUUGCCGCCUGCUGGGCCGCUGCGUGGGCUUCCGCAACUACCGGCCCUUCCUGUGUUUGCUGCUCCACGGCGCUGGUCUCCUGCUCCACGCUGCUGUGCUGCUGGGCCCGGCUCUGUCGGUGCUGCUGCAGGCCCAUGCGCCCCUGCACACGGCUGCCCUCCUACUGCUGCCCUGGCUCAUGCUGCUCACAGGCCGCGUGUCUCUGGCGCAGUUUGCCUUGGCCUUCGUGACUGACACGUGCGUGGCAGGGGCACUGCUGUGUGUGGCAGGGCUGCUGUACCACGGGACACUGCUACUGCGGGGCCAGACCACGUGGGAGUGGGCACGGGGCCAGCAUGCCUACGACCUGGGGCCGGCUCGCAACCUGCAAGCAGCACUGGGCCCACGCUGGGCCCUGGUCUGGCUCUGGCCCUUCCUGUCCUCGCCACUGCCCGGGGACGGCAUCACCUUCCAGACUAAAGCUGAUAUGGGUGUUCCGGCCUCCUGAAUCUAGGAUGAGGCAGGGUGUGGGGGCGGAAAAGGGGAGUUCAGAGCUCAUCUAAGGCCCAGCCAUAGUAGGAGAGUGGGACUGAGGCUUCAGGCUGGCUUCUGACAACUCCAGCCUCACCCCAGACCCCUCAAGCCUUGCUCCUCCCUUCUUGGACCCUGGAGGGCAUUAAUAAAAGCCCAGGAAGUUUAUUUCCCUCCACCUUCAUGGGCUUCUGUCCUUCCCUGAGGUUGGGCAAUCAUUCCUGGUUCCUCCAGAGACAAGGACUAGCAGGCAUGGUGGCACUAGUCAUUGAGGGCAGGACAUUGAAGACAGUCAUUGAGGGCAGGAGCUCUGCCCGCUUCAGAACUUUUAAAUUAGAAGCAGUUUUUUAGAAGUUGAGGGUCUGGCAUUCCUGAAGCUCAGAUCUGCUAAGAUCCUUGGGUCGGGUAGACAAGGGGCUGGAAACUAGGUCUGUCUUAGGGACUCGCCUUGCACAGUUGAGGGGACCAGAAAAGAAAUGAGGGGAGUACAGGUGGAACAGUGGGUGCUAUUCAGGUUUUAUUGAACUUGAAGUUUGGGGCUAAGCUGGGCAGGUUUCAACAUGUAGUUACCUGUUCCUUUUACCAUCUAAAAGGAAGAAGAUAGAAUUUCCAGCAAAAGGGUCAGAGCCAAAGCACAGUGGUGAGGGUGCUUGCCUUGCAUGCAACCGACUUGGGUUCAUUAGCCAGCACC